AUGGAAUGGUCAUUUGCCAAGGACGGCAAGGGCUUCAAGAGCAUGCUCCUCCAGGUCCUCUCUCGAAUGCCCACAAAGCGGGAACCUGCCGUCCGCCUCGGCGCCUUCGUCACUGGCCGUGAUCUUGUCGUCCGCCUCGGCAACAAUAGACAGAAUGUUGAAGCGUUUGCGAUCCGGACAGUCGGUGACGUCGCCUCCACCCCCUGCAGUCACUGCAACCGUAACAAAGGCCCCUUUUCACUCUGCGUGACGAUCCCGAGGGCUGGCUGCUUGUGGCUCCUGCCACCAUAA